AUGAGCACGGUUGUGUGGCAGCCGGGUAAAGGAAAGUGCGUAAUUGCGGUUGACACAAUACGCGAAGGAGACUGCAUAAAUCGUGAGUUGCCCUUCGCUUCGGAACCACUCUACGAGAAAAGGACUAUUGUCUGCGCAGCCUGUCGGAGCUUGGCCGUCCAGCCCGAGUCCGGAUACCUGCCAUGCCCGAAGUGCAAGCAAGCGUUCUACUGCGCUGAAUGCUGGAAUUCAGGUCUCAGUGCCCGCAGCCAUCCCUGCGAGCUGUAUCGCAGACUCGAGAAGAUGACUGAAGGAACCACAAAGCCAGAAGAGGGAUCCAAACCAGAAGAAGGAAGAGCUGAAGGGACGGCGACGCUCACAGAUCACCAACGAACGUUGUCCGCACUGGCUUACAGGUGCUAUCAAGCUCUGACCAGGGAUAGAGACUUCUCGGAUAACUUACUCGUGGCACAAAAUUCUACGUCGGAACCUAACGUUACGUCAGACUCCCAAAAUGGUACUACAGGACCGUUUCAGGUUGACGCCGCACGGUCGGGAGGCUGUGGUGACUUUGUGGCCCAGUGCCACCACGGGACGCUGCGUGGUUGGAUGGAUGCAAAAUUAAUAGUCGUGUCCGACGUCAUUGACGUUCCAAUAACAGCCUUGCGGGCCAUGUUGGUCCGGUUCCAGAUGAAUGCGUUUUACGCAACGGAUGCGUCUUUCAAGCCGCAUAGCGCGUGUGUUUAUGUGCUAAGUAGUUUGUUGAACCACGCGUGUGUGCCUAACGCAAUAUGCCAGUACAACGGAGUCGAGGUGGCAAUAAGGGCUCUGCGACGGAUUGAGCCGGGCGAAGAGGUAUGCAUUGCGUAUGUCGACCUGCUUAGGCCGUAUCCCGAGCGCAAAGAAGUUUUGGACAUGGACUACACGUUUACCUGUAAGUGCUCCGCCUGCCGACCUCGUCUACUGCCGGCAGCCGACACCACGGAGGGCCAAAGGGCUGGCGCUCUAAGCAGAGCGAGGUACGCGGAGUUGGCAAGCUUCCUGCGCAGUUUCGCAAUCAGUCCCAAACUGAACGCUCUCUUGACGCCCAACAGGUACGAACUGUUUAUGGACCCCGACAGGGGCCUUUACACGGACUGUCAAGACCAACUAGUCAUCGAAAAAGAUCUGCUGGGAUUUUGGAACGGCGUGCGGAACGUAGAACUGCACAACCGCCUGGUUCAAGGAUGCAAGACACUGGACGAGCUCAAGACGAAACACGGCUCGUUUCAUGCACACCAAAAGCAAUGGGGCAAAGAGCCGGACGAGCCGUUAGUGAGUGCGCAGCAGAUGGAGCAGCUGAUACUUACUCACUGGCGCCUAUGCAAGCAGUUAACUAGCAACGAGGAGUUCACUGCGAGCUCUGUAAACCCGCUGAACAAGUCACUGUACGGCUUGAGGAGUGAGCUAUACUCGCUACUGUAUGAUGCGGACGCGCUAGAGCUGGCUUUGGUUCAGGCGGAGUUCUUACUCACGACCCUGACCUUCGUGUACGCAGACAUACCUAAUCACCCCCAAAUUGCAUUGCUGCUGAACGCCUACUUGGACAUCCGCCACAGCUUGAACAACUCACCCGCCAACGUCCAGGAACUUUACAAGCGAGUGCAUAGAGCCUACCGGGCGGUGUACGGAGGCGAACAUGCGUACACGCGAGUUGUGCAAGAGAGUCUGGCCGCGCCGUAG